GUCGGAGGUGAGAGCGGUGGCACAGGAAGUGGAAGCCGGAGCGGCGCUGCCUCUCAUUCUCUCGCAGCCCGCGGCGCGCACGAGGGAUUCCCGCGUGAGCCUGUGUUUUUCGGGCCGCUGCCGCGCGCCGCGUCGCCAUGAGCCUCCCCCUCAACCCCAAGCCCUUCCUGAACGGGCUGACGGGGAAGCCGGUGAUGGUGAAGCUGAAGUGGGGGAUGGAGUACAAGGGCUACCUCGUCUCCGUCGACGGCUACAUGAACAUGCAGCUUGCAAACACAGAGGAGUAUAUAGACGGUGCGUUGUCUGGACACCUGGGUGAAGUUUUGAUAAGGUGCAAUAAUGUUUUGUACAUCAGAGGUGUGGAAGAAGAGGAAGAAGAUGGAGAAAUGAGAGAAUAGGUGUUUUGUAUAUCUGGAAAUAAAUUUUUUUGUUGUUU